GGUAGUGCCUUCGAAAUGUCAAGUUUCUCCAGAUCUGCCCAGCAAUGGGCGACCUUCGCUCGAUCCUGGUUCCUGAUCGAUGCCAGGAUGCAGCCUGGGAAGAUCGCGACCAUGUGUUCUGUGAGAUUACAGGGGAAACACAAGCCUAUCUACCACGCACUGAGUGAUUGUGGUGACCAUGUUGUAGUAAUAAACACCAGAAACAUAGCAUUCUGGAACAAAUGGGAGCAGAAAGUCUACUCGUCACACACAGGGUAUCCAGGUGGAUUCAAACAGCUCACAGCUGCCCAGCUGCACCAAAAAGACCCCAAAGCUAUUGUAAAGUUAGCGGUUUACGGCAUGCUGCCCAGGAAUCUGCACCGACGCACCAUGAUGCAGCGAUUGCACAUCUUUCCUGAUGACGAACUACCAGAGGACAUCCGUGCAAACCUGACGGAGGAGCUGCCUCAGCCCAGAGAAAUCCCCAGGAAACUCAGCGAGUACACGCAGGAGGAGAUAGACGCCUUCCCCAGGCUGUGGACACCACCUGAAGACUACAAGAUGAAAUGAAACCGAGGCUGCCGACCCGACGUGACCAAAGCUGAAAAGGGUUUUUCACAUCAACGCUACAUUGAAAGCAACAGACCCCUUGGUUAUGUUAUAAUACCUGACAGAUAUUGUAAAAAUUGGAGUAUUUGAUGUGGAGAUGUUGUUCUGUUUUUAAAACACACAAAUUUUUUUUGUUCAGAUUAAACAUUACAAAAACAGUCACAUUUUGUGCAAAUUCAGGAAACCACACUGGCAUCAAGGCUCUACUGGACUUUACUAAAGCACUACUAAGUCGUAACUUGUGUGCCAACAUCAUCAACACAAACUCUGUGCCGCCUGACAGCAGACCUGAAUCAUCCAGUAACAGCUUGAGAUUUUACCAUGUGGUUCAGCUCUGAUCAGAGAAAAUCAGAUUCUGUAGGUUUCCCUCUGAUUAUACAACCAUGAAAUGAUCAGAUCUGGCCCAUAAAAAAUGACAUCUGUUAGUGCUGAUCCUGCCUUUGAAGGUUUGUGGGUUCCAGUGAAACCAGUUAAUGAGUUACUAUGACAACGUUCAGGCCAUCCAUGUGGUUUCAGUAGAAAAUGCUGAACUUUUUGUCUGGUCAGAAAUUUUAAUGGUGUUGUUAAAGUAUAAAGCAGCAGUGUUUAUGUGAGUUGUAAAAUAGGCUAAUAAACAAUUUAAUAAACCUGUU